GUCGUUGAUCUUCAAGUCCUAGUGUACAUACGAUGAUCUGUAACAAGUCUAACUCGAUAAUAAUAGAUUUACUCGUUAAAUAAGGUGAUUAUAUUUUUUAUUCUUUUCGUGGACAUACCUGAAAAUAUAGAGAUGAAAUGAAAUCGGAGAUUUUCAAAUUUUUAAAUUUAGAAAUUCGGGAUCAUAUCAAUGACAGUUAAUCGAAUUUAGUAUCGAAUUACCUCGUCAUUUUGUCUUUGUCUUAUUUUAAGUGACUUCCCAUUUUUAAGGAUCUAGCUCUAUUCUCAUAUUCCUACUUUGAUCCAUGAUUUCUUGAUACUUGUAUAUAACCUAUACUUUAACUCGUAUAUUAUCUACGCAUGCUUUUGAAAAAGCGCGUAAAAAUGGACGAGAAUACACCGGAGGCAAACAAAGACGAAUCAAUUAAAAGACCGCAAUUUGGGAACAGAACGCUUUCCAAUAAUGAUAAUGUAUUCCAACAUAAUGCAUGGGACAAUGUCGUGUGGAAUGAAGAACAACAAACGUUGGCCCAACAAAAAGUAAAUGAAAAUUCAAUUGUAACCCUGUCGGAUGAAAAAGUUUGGGAAUAUGAAUGUGAGGCUAACAAGUAUUGGGACAAGUUUUAUGGAAUACAUGAAAAUAAAUUUUUCAAAGAUAGACAUUGGUUGUUUACAGAAUUUCCAGAGUUAGCUGCUGAUACUGUAAAACAAGAUGUUAAACAAUCUUUGAGAUCUGUAACUGAAAACAGGAGCAAAAAUGAUGAAGAAACCCAUAUUAAGAUUCUUGAUUUACCUAGUGAAGGUGGACAUAAAAUCUUAGAAAUUGGCUGUGGAGUAGGAAACACUGUAUUUCCAAUACUUUUGUAUAAUAGAGAUCCAAGUUUAUUUGUAUACUGUUGUGACUUUUCUACAAAAGCAAUAGAUAUAUUAAAGCAAAAUCCUGCUUAUGAUACAUCUAGGUGUGAAGCAUUUGUUCUUGAUGUAACACAAGAAAACUGGCAAACGCCGUUUGAACCAGAAAGUUUAGAUAUUAUAGUAUUAAUAUUUGUUCUUUCUGCUAUACAGCCUGAUAAAAUGAAGCAUGUUAUACAACAAGUAUAUAAAUAUUUAAAACCAGGUGGAUUAGUUUUAUUCAGAGAUUAUGGAAGAUAUGACCUAGCUCAACUAAGAUUCAAAAAAGGGAGCUGUUUGUCAGAAAAUUUUUAUGCUCGAGGAGAUGGAACUAGAGUAUAUUUUUUCACUCAAGAUGAAGUCAAGACAUUAUUUACAAGUUGCGGAUUCAGUGAAGAACAAAAUCUUGUGGAUAGAAGACUUCAAGUUAACAGAGGAAAACAACUUAAAAUGUACAGAGUAUGGAUUCAAGGAAAAUAUAGGAAAUAAACUAAGAAUUGUAUCAUAUUAUAUUUAUAUCCGUGAUAACAAUUGUAUAAAUAUGAAUAA